ACGCGCAAGAUGGCGGCGCUGGUGCGGCCUCGGUGAGGGGAGGGGGGUUUGAUCGCGCCCGCAGCGACUCCGCGGCCUGGCGCCGGCCCCGGCCCCCGGCCCCGGCCUCGGCCCCGGCCCCGGCCCGGUGCGGCAGGCCCGCCCCGCUCGCCGCACGCAGACAUGUCAGAACCCCGGAGGGUGGCCUUCAACACUGUGAGCGCGCCCGACGCCGUGCCCGCGCCUCCCGCCGCCCCCAAGAAGAAGCGGCGAGAGGAGCGGGGCGAACAGGGCAACGUGCGCUUCGGCCUGAGGCUGAGCGAGCCCAGCGACCGCAGCCACACCGAGUACAACUACAACGAGCUACUGCGGGAGGCCAAGAGAAAUCCUACCAAUCCUGAUGAUCCUUUUAAUAAUGAAGAGAAAGAAAGGAAAGAAGUGGAAGCUUUAGCGAAGAAACUUGAGGAAAAAUAUGGUCAGAAGAACCACAAGCGACGAAAAGACCGCAUGCAGGAUUUAAUUGACAUGGGAUACGGCUAUGAUGACACUGAUCCAUUCAUUGAUAACUCUGAAGCGUAUGAUGAGUUGGUUCCAGCCUCCCUGACAACGAAAUAUGGAGGAUUUUACAUAAACACGGGAACACUGCAAUUCCGGCAGACUUCGGACACUGAAGACGAAGAUGUGGUGGGGAAGAAAAGAUUAAAAUCACCUAAAAAACAAAAAUUAAGAGAUGGUGAAGACAGGGUAGUGAGAAAACAAAGAAGGAAAGACGAAGGAGGGAUGAAAGAGAAGAAGCCAAGGAAGCUGAAGGUUCCCAAGGAGUCUGGAGUGGUGGCCCUCAAUGCAGUCAAACAUCAAAAGAAGAAGCGGAGAAAUCACAAUGACACACUGUCGCUCGCCGCAAUGCUCAAAAAGUUCCAAAAGGAGAAAGAAGCCAUGAAGAAGCAGGAGACCAACGUGAAGCAACUGCCUGCCUCUCAGCCGACAGAUCAGGCCACAAAGAAUCCUGGCAUUUCCGAGUAUAACCUAGCUGCAUCCGAUCAAGUCUUUUCGAUUCUGGGGAGUUCCAAUGAGAAUGACUUGCUUCAGGAAGCUGCCAAUGCCAUGGAGUUGCUUGGGGAUUUGGACAUAGAUAAGCUGCUGGCAGAAACACCCAGUGGAAGCCCAGCCUCUGAACCUGAGGAAAGCAGCAACACUGCAGUGUCUUCAAGCUGCAUCCUACCCACCCAGAGCCAAAAGCAGGUGCCCCAGUUGCCAUCAGGAAUAUCCGCUCAGCUUGAAAAACGCAUUCGUGAUCUUAAGACCUUAUGUUCUAUGUAUUCGAGCAACGAAGCAUACGCUGCCAAAGUUUCUGAAGGGGAAGGAAAGAAGAAAUUUUUCACCUCAGACAUUAACACCAUCCUGCUGGACAUUGAAUUACAGGUGCAGGAGCUGAAUCUGACUCACCGUUCAGGAGUGUACAGCUAUCUGGCUUCUUUCUUGCCCUGCAGUAAGGACACGUUAAUGAAACGUCUAAAAAAGCUACACCUCAAUGAGCAGGAUGAGCGGUUACGCGAUCCUACACAGAAACUGAAGGAAGCAGUGGCAAAUGCGAUGCCAGCACAGCUGAUAAAAUACCAAGAAGAACUGCAAGCACAUACACAGGCCCGGUUUGCCAAGAUGGCAUCUGAGGAGGAUCGAGAUAAGAAUGGAUCUGAAGAGGAGGAUGACGAUAAGCCAGGUCGAAGGGUCAUGGGACCACGGAAAAAAUUUCUUUGGAAUGAUUAUGUCAGGGACUUGCUGUGUAAUCUGGUGAAGAUAAAGCUGGGAUGUUAUGAACUGGAGCAAAACAAGUCACAGUCGGUGGAGGAUUAUCUGAAGGCUUUUAUGGAAACUGAGGUGAAACCUAUCUGGCCGAAAGGUUGGAUGCAGUCACGGAUGCUGCUUAAGGAGAGCAAGAAAGUGCAUAAUCAUCUGACAGCCACACCAGCCAAGAAGAAGGUGAUACUGGCACCAAAACCAAAAGUAAAGGAUUCAAGCCCAAAGAAAGAACAAAAGCUUUCUGCUUCUAUAGAUGCUGGGCUGAAAGUGCUGCCAGUGAGCAACAUCACACCUAUCAAUAUCUCAAGUUCCAGUUGUACCCCUAACCAAGACACUAUUUACUUGGAUGAUUCUCUAGAUGAGGAUCUGACCAUUAAACCCCCUUCCUUAGAGUCUGUGUCAGAUGCGUUGUCCGUCUUCAAUAGCACACCCAAGGCCACCAGAAUUGUAAAUAAUUCUGUCCCAGGCACAGCUCGACCUCAGCUUAUGACGAAAGAGGAUAAGAGGGUUGUGGCCAAGGUCACACCUCUGGCACUUUCUCCGAAAGAAGCCACACCAUCCCCAAAACUUGCCACCACAUCUCCAAAAGAAGCUACGCCCUCGCCGAAAGUGACCACGCCCUCGCCGAAAGUGACCACGCCCUCGCCGAAAGUGACCACGCCCUCGCCGAAAGUGACCACGCCGUCUCCAAAAGUGACCACGCCGUCUCCAAAAGCUUCCACGCUUUCUCCUGUUCCCUUGACCUUCAGUCAUUUAUUUGGUCACAGUUCGAGCACAAAGAAAUCCCAGGAUGCAAGUCGACCAGGAAUGAGCAGCUUGAUCGCUGGCUACACAGCUCCUUCGCCACAAGCGCCCAAAGCUCCUUCCGUGGCCUGCACGGCCAAGCAGCAGCAGUCUGGAGUGCAGAGGCUGAGCCAGUCGCAGGCCCAGGUCAACAAGCAGCAACCCCAGUCCAGCGUGCAUCACAACAGCCUCGCAUCUCCCUCGCAUGUCGUCAGCAAGGUUCACCAAAACCCGGUGGUGAAGUUGAACACCUGUCCGCAGCACCUGCUCUCGAGUCACUUGCCCCAGUUGUCAGAGAAGUCAGCCGCCUAUCAGUCAUCGUUUGCCCCCUCGGCUACCAGCAGCACCCAUGUUUCCCACACUUUGGCCUCUCGGACCAACGUCAGCCCAUCUACCUCUGGCAGUUACAUGCCGAAAGCCACGGUGCCCACCAGCACCUCAGUGCAAGGCUUCAAGCCUCCGUUCACCAUGGCUGGCCCGCUCAAGACUGUCACCACUUCCAGCGCCGGGAGCCAGAAUGUGUCGGUGGGGCCAGGUAAUGUGGGUGGGGGCUCUGCCAGCAGGCAAGGCAGUGCCAAACUCUCCGGCGGACCGUCUGGCAGCAGGCCGUCAUCUUCCAGUUCGGCCAGCGGUCAGCAACAAUCAGCGACCCUUGUGAAAAAAACCUCAGUGCCUCAGAAACUGGCCAGCCCUCCCGGUACAGCUGCACCUAGCAAAACCGUCACAGCUGCAGCAGUCAGCCGCAGCAGCUUGAGCGCAAGUGGGGCGUCCGUCAAAAGCAGUGGAGCGGCAGGGAGGAGCGGUGCCACUGGAUCCGUGGGCCUCAGCACCAGCAGCCGCAGCACCGCCAGCUCCAGCAUCUCUGUCAGCAGGACUGGGACUCUGAGCAAUUCAGCUGCCAAUAGGGGCAGCCCGACCGGAGCUGGCACAAGGACUAAUGUGAGUGGGGGGACAGGAAGCGGUGCUCAGGUUGCUAUAAAAAUGCUGCCCUCCCUUCACAGACCUUCCUCUGCCUCAGGAUCAUCAGCUGGUAUCCAGGCGACCGCUGGAUCAACCUUGUUGGCAAACACGUCACCUCUGACUCUAAUGCCAUCGCCCCUGAAUGUAACAAAUCUCAAUGCGACGUCUGCAUCUCUGAACACGGCGGCAGCGUUCAGCAUGUUGGGCAGCCUGGUUCCUGUUUCCCUUCCCUUCCAGCUGCCGCUCAACCUGCUGAGCUUUGCACCAGAAUCUGCCGUCUCCACCACCGCGCCUACUGGAUCUACCUCAGUUACGUUCCAGCACAACUUUACACAGAAUAUUUUGAAAGGUUUGCAGUCUAGUUCUACACAGCUUUCCCGAUCGAGUGUACCAGCCCACUUACAACAGAGCUACACAGAUGGCAACCAAAACCAGGGAGACUCUUCGAAGGUCCAGCGGAAAUCACAAUGACCUCAAAGAACGGAGUGACACAGGACAUGUUGGAUUGAAGUCUCCUGAUUGGUCCAGUUGCCUCCAUUUGGAGGCCUCUUGCUGGGUACAUGACUGAGGGCGUUUUCCUUUCGUUAUGUUUAUAAAACUUUUGACCCAGAGCACUGUGGGAAAGGGAACAUAUUUUACCAAGUCAAUUUACAAAUGGGACCUAACUAAGCUGGAGCUGGGACAGGCCAAUCUGUCCGUCAGCUCAUCUGCUAACCAGGAGGACUUCAGCCGUGGAUGAACUGAGAUGGUGAAAGAGGAUUCCAAAGCAUAAGGUUACUCAACAAGCACAGCAUUUAUUCCACAAGAUGUGUAGCGCAGACUUGGGGAUGGGGGCAGAGACCUGAGGCCCUGGCAGGAGACAAAGGAGGGGGUGUGUGGGGGGGGAGUGUGAGGGCCAGAGAGAAAGGUGAGACUAGGGGGUAGGAAGCAGGAGGCCAAGAGGGUCAAGGGGAAAAUUGAGACCAGAAUCCCAUAGGUACUAUAGAUGGGGGAAGGAGGGGAGAGCGAGAUCAAUGGAGAGUGUAAGGCCCAAAGGCAUGAAGUGAGAAAGAAUCCAGGACCCGUGAGAUGUGAGGUCUGGGAGAAGAAUUGUGUGUGAGGGGUGGGGGGGAUGGGGCAGGUGGGGCAGUGGCGGACAGAAAAGGGAGUCGAGUGUGUGGUCAAGGGCUGAGGAGAGAGGGGCUGGUCUGAAAGUGAGAUUGAAGGUGGUACAGCAUUAGUUGAGCAGGGAGGAGGGAGAGUGCGAGGCAGGGGAGGGGCAAGGGAAAAGGAUGGGAGGGGCUAAGGUGGGUGG